AUGGCGAACAGCGUGAGGCCAGCCGGCGCCCUUGCCGGCUCGCCGAAGGCCGAGUUCGCGGCGGCGCGCGUUUCUUCGCCUCGUGUGCGUCGCCUUCCGGUCUUUGUUCUCUCUGCUCUUCUCGCAGCGGCAGCCGUCGCCGUCUGGACGCCCUCGACCGAUUCGUCUGCCUCCUUUCCCGUCUUCUCAGCUGUACAGCCGGCCGAGGCGGCAGGGUUCAUGGCGUCGAUGAAGCGCGCCGCGAACCAGGGAUGGCGCACCGGUGCUCGCUGGCUGUGCAUGGUUUUCGGGCUGCAGUACGAAAGCGUGAAGGGGGUGUUCCGGCGCUCAGGUCGGCAAACCGAGUUCGAGGCGCUGUCUCAAGAGGUCGAUCAGUAUCUCCAGCUCAUCGAGGCGGCGGGACACAACGAAGACAACUUGCCGGAGGCGUACCAGGAGCGGGGAGUCCAGCUGGUCCUCGAGGCUCAGGAGCUGUUCGCGCAGGUUCUGGGUAAGCCGGUGGCGUUGCCGCCGCGGUACCAGAUUGCGGCCAACCGUCUGAACGCGAGGAACAAGGAAGGGAAACCGGCAUUGGCGACAGCCGCCGGGUCCAAAUCCAGGUCGGGGAGACGCCAAGCGGAGAGGACGACUGCCACGUCGGCAGCCGCCGAGUCUGCCCAGGCGUCCGCCGCAACUGUUGAGGUGCCGAUGCGCGACAAGGCCUUUGAGAAGGCGGCGAACGAGAAGCUUCGGGCGCUCAAGGCGAAGCACGAAGCGGACGUGAGCGCCAUCGUGGACGAGGCGAACGCGCGGCUGAAGCAGUUCCAAGAGGAGCACAAGAUGACGUACGACAAAAAGGUGAAGGAGCUGCGUGCGCAGCAGCACGCCGAGUUGGAACAGGUCCGCCGCGAGUUGCAGGAGGAGACGCUCCGGUACGAGGACGGGAAGAAGCAGUACGACGUGAUCAGUCAACUCCUCACUGAGGCCAAGGCUGGCCUCGGCGUCCUCAGCGACGGCCUGCAGUUCAUUGGCGCGAACUUCUACUCCAUUGACCAGCUGAUCGACAAGGUCGCGGAUUCGCAGAAAGAGCUCGAGCACACGGACGGCGAGAAGCUGACGAUCCAGCAUGCGUUUCAGGCCGUGCAGCACACAGCCCAGACCCAGGAACAGGGCGCACAAGCGGCGCUGGCGAUUCGGACGCGGUCGGCGGAAAUGGCCGACGUGGUGGCCCAACUGGAGCAACUGCUCAGCGGCGCGGACACUGCGCUGAGCACGGCGCCCGGAGGCUCUCUUUUUGAGAGCCAGCAGCAAGGCUACGCGGAGUACCUCCGUGCGUACCGCGCGAGCGUGGAGGAGUCCAAGGAGAAGGUGACGAACUUCGAGCAGGAGGCGGACGCGAAGUUGCUGGCGCUCACCUAUGCCUUGGAGCAGCUCCAGUCGAAGGCCCUCGGCAACCUCGGCGCGGUCACGGAGAAGCUGGCGACCGAGUACUCGGUCAUCCAGACCAAGGCCCAAGAGCUCGAGCAAGGCUACCAAGACUUCUUCGACCGUUGCCAGCACGUCGAGGAGCAGGCGGUGAACAUCGCGAAGAGCGCCGUCGAGGACCGCGCGACCUUUGGCCAGCUGUACAGCGGCCUCCAGAACGAAUUCAACGACUUGCAAGUGGCUCUGGAGCGCCAGGGCGAGAACGUCCGGCAGCUGAACACGGAUGUGUCGAACGUGGAGAAGAUCGCGGCGGUCUUCGUCGAGGGCCUGAACACGGUGACGCUUUCGCGAGAAGCGCUCGCCCAGUUGAACGCCCAGCCCGUGGGGGAAAUGACGCGCUUCUUCACCGGGUACAAGAACCAGGUGAGCGUCGCCUCGAGCGCGCUCCAGCAACGCUUCCAGGUGACCCAGGAUCUGCGGCGCAAGCUGGAUUUGCUCGCCAGAGAAAUCCGCGUCUUGGCCGAUCCCGCAGCGCUCGAGAGCCUCGAGGCCGAACUCGUCAGCCUCAUGAGCGACAUGGAGACGAAGCAGCGCGACUACGAGGAGGUAGAUGCAGAGGCGAAGCAAGCGCGCGCGAUGGUCCAGACCUUACAGAAGGAUCUCCGGCAGCUCGAGCAGCGCUUGACAACGGAGCGCCGCUUGGCGGGCCGCCAGGCGGGGCUCGGCGGCGCUGGCGCGUCCGUCGCGGGCGGCUCCAGGCUGGGCGGCCUCGGCGCGUCGUUCGCGGGGAGCUUGGGCGGCGGCUUCGCUGUGAACAACGAGGCAGUUCGCGAGCUCGAGGCGGAGAUUCGGCAAACAAAGGGGCGCCUCCAGGACGCCGAGAGAGACGUGAAGGAAACGCAGGGACGCGCGACGCUGCUCGAAAGGUCCAUCCGUGAGAUCCAGAGAGAUAUCGAGGCUAAGCGGCGCAUUCUCACAGAGGAGCAACAGAAACAGGAGAGACUGCAGCAACUCGCUGCGGCUGUCACGGGAGGCCCAGGAAGUGCUGUUGCCGGCACGCUGGCCUCCGGCCUAAGAGGAUCGAUGGUCUCCGGCUUGAGAGGUUCGAUGAUCUCGGGUCUGAGAGGUUCGAUGCCUUCGGGCCUCAUCGGCGGAUCCGUGGGGGGAGGCCUGCGAGCAGGCUCUCUCGCAGGCGGCGUCGGAGUUGGCAGCCGCGCAGGCCUUGCGGGCUCCAUGGGCCUUGGGUUGGGCUCCAGGCUCGGCGGCCUCGGCGCGGGGGCGUCGCGGCCGGGAUUUGGCCCGGGGACGGAUAUCCCCAAACCCUUCACUGGCGGCAACAAGUGA